AUGUGGUUGGAACUCGCCGAAAUGGUGGUUGAGGCGACCAGGGCCAUAGCGGGUGAACCAGCGCGGCAUGACAAUAGAAUCGAGACGGACUUACCGGAGAAACGCGUGGUAGAUAGCCAAGCAGUUCCAGUAGCCAAAUCUGAAACGGGUGGUGGUGGAGGAGAAAGGAUGGUGGACGCGCAAGUCGCGUUGAAGAAGAAUUGGGGGAAGGAGAAGCAGAACGAAAGGUUGAAGUGCCUAAAAGAGGAGGAAGCGGUAGAUCAACCGCGAAUCAGCGGUGGAUUCUGA